AUGGAAACCAUUGCAAAUGCAAUAUCCCGCAUAGAAGCAUCUCAAACCUCAGUCCUGACAGAACUUUCACUAAUCCGAACAUCCCAGUCUAGCAUUGAGGCGCUCGUGACCACCCUCUCGACUCGUGUUGACACCCUGGAAGAAAUUGUGCAGUCGACUCAGUCUAACGAAACAGGUCUAAAGGCAGACGUGAAGGACAGUUUUGCCAUACUUUCUGCGGAAAUCAGGGUUCUUACAGAUAAGUGUGAUGAUGCUGAAAAUCGCCUACGUCGUUCAAACCUGCUUUUUUGUGGUAUCCCAGACACAAAAGGCGAGUCUUGGAUUCAGUUCCAGGCAAAAGUGAUAAAAUUUUGCUCUGAAAAUCUCGGUAUCUCCAUACCAAAAGACGACUUGGAGCGUGCACAUCGGCUUGGUCGAUACCAGCAAAACAAAAGUAGACCUAUCAUAGUAAAAUAUGCAAGAUUUAAAGAUAAAUCAAAAAUUUUUGCAGUUGCGUCCAAGCUCAAGGGCACGACUUUUUCAAUUCGCGAAGACUACUCAGCUAGAGUUCGACAGGCACGAAGGAAACUAUAUGACCAUGGCAUGUUGAGCGGCAAACCCUUCAAGCUACGCUUUGACAAGUUACUACUUGAAAACAAGCAAUUCUCGUACCAUGGAGAAUCUGAUAGCGUUGUUGAAUUGCAGUCGUAG